GGUAACUUUAGUGUUUAAACGCGUGGGGCGUCUGCUGGCACUUUGUUCUGUCCGAGGCACGUUCAUCAGCUGGUAUCAUGGUUCACGAAGUGAAAUAUCUGGAUGAGUUCCAGAAAAUUCUGAAUGAAGCUGGAGACAAGCUGGUGGUGGUGGACUUCACAGCCGAGUGGUGUGGCCCCUGCCAAAUGAUGGCCCCAAUUUUUGUUGAGAUGUCACAGGAGCCUGUCAACACAAACGUGAUUUUCCUGAAGGUGGACGCGACUGAUGGCAGGGAUGUGAAGUCAUUCUAUAAUGUCACCCGCAUGCCUGCAUUUCACUUUUACAAGAAUAACCAGAAGGUGUAUGAGUUCACUGGUGCUGAUGAAGCUCAACUACAUCAAAAAGUGAGAGAGCUCAGAUGAGAUGUCCCACCAAAAACAAAAUCUGUCUCACAUAUCUUUGAUAUUACUGUGUUACUCAUGGCAAUGAAGUCUAUCCCUCACAGUCAAUAAUACAUCCACAUAUCUUGUAACAGGUUAAUGUCCCUGUCUUAACAACAGGCUGCAAUAUGAAACCGCUCAAUACUUUUAAUUCCAUUUUUAAUGACAGUUUGGCUGUGAUCCUGAAUUACUUUGUAUGUUUUGUGUUCAAAAAGUUUAAUAAAUGAAUUAUG